AGCUCAAGCCGGGCGCUACUCGCGCCUCCUACAAUUUCUCCCCUAAACGCGAAGGAAACAACCCGUCUGCUCCGCGCCCGCGAUCUGAGAGCCGGGCCUGCUUGGGGGGCUCGGCGAACCGGGGGCCUCUCCGCGAGGGUUAAGAGCAGUCCCCGGGGCCGGGCGGGUGCAGAGGCUUCCUCUCGCCGGCCCGGGAACGUGGAUGCCGCGCCCGCAGGAUGUUCGCUGGCUGGGCCGGGCAGUCAGGAAACAUGAGAAGGCCUCGGCAUUCCUGUUCCCGGGCCGCGCGCGCCCCUCCGGGUAAAUAAAGCCGAGACGGCGGCGGUGGCAGCGGUGAGAGCGCUGGAGCCCACGGCGAGAACAUGCGGCGGGGAUGGGAGUGCGCCUAGCCUCGACGCGGGAGAGCCAGCUGCCCCACGGCCGGCCGCCGGCCCCACUGCCUCAGAACCCGAGCUUUGCGGAGCCUUCCGCGGCCCGGCUCCGAGGCUCUGCGGCCGCGCCGCGCGCCCCGGCCAGCGCGCACCAUGAACACCAUCGUCUUCAACAAGCUCAGCGGCGCGGUGCUGUUUGAGGACCGCGGCGCUCCCGAGCGGGAGCGGGGCGGCCGGCCCUACGGCGGCGUCCUCGACAGUCCCCACUCCCGCCCCGAGGUGGGCAUUCCGGACGGCCCGCCCCUCAAGGACAACCUUGGCCUGAGACACCGGAGGACCGGGGCCCGGCAGAAUGGCGGGAAGGUGAGGCACAAGCGGCAGGCACUGCAAGACAUGGCGCGGCCCCUUAAGCAGUGGCUUUACAAGCACCGUGACAACCCGUAUCCCACCAAGACUGAGAAGAUACUCCUGGCGCUCGGCUCACAGAUGACUCUAGUGCAGGUGUCAAAUUGGUUUGCUAAUGCAAGACGUCGGCUUAAGAAUACUGUUCGACAGCCAGAUUUAAGCUGGGCUUUAAGAAUCAAGUUGUACAACAAGUAUGUUCAAGGAAAUGCUGAGCGGCUUAGUGUGAGCAGCAAUGAUUCGUGUUCUGAAGAUGGAGAAAACCCUGCAAGAAACCACAUGAAUGAAGGGGGCUAUAAUAAUCCAGUUCACCAUCCUGUGAUUAAAAGUGAGAGCUCGGUCAUAAAAGCUGGAGGGAGGCCAGAGUCUCAGGCCCAUGAGGACUACGUGUCACCCCCCAAAUACAAGAGCAGUCUGCUGAACCGUUACCUUAACGACUCUUUGAGACGUGUCAUGGCCACGAAUGCUGCCAUGAUGGGAAAGACAAGACAAAGAAGCCAUUCAGGAUCUUUUAGUUCCAAUGAAUUUGAAGAAGAAUUGGUGUCUCCCUCGUUGUCAGAAACUGAAGGCAACUUUGUUUAUCGCACAGGUCAUUUUCUUUCAGAGUCUGGUAUGGACACUUGGAACUGGGAAUGAUUAGGACAGAGCCUUCUCUAUAGGCUGGCCUUAGAAUCCCAGGAGGGCGCACAGGGCAUCUCUGUGGAGAGAAGGAAUCCAGAGACAGAACAGUGACCAGAGGGAGACAAGCACCUGCCUGAAGCAACCCUCCUGAGGGCUAUUGAGUCCAAAAAUGUUUUGAGGGUAAAGAGCAAAAGUGUGGCACAGAGCAAAGGUGAUAGGGCCCUUUACUAGGGGAGCUGUUCCCUUUGACAGGACAGCAUAUCUGUUGAGAAAGCAGACAGGACUGCCUUCCAGUUCCUUCUGCAGCAUCCUGAGUAGCCCAGAAAGCUGAGGGCAGUGCAGGAAACAGCUCUUGCCUGGAGCCUGGGGUCUAGACCUUCACUUACUGCUUCUGUGGAUACGUUGACUUAGGCUUCUGCUUCAGGCCACUCACUCUACCUAAAUCCGCAGAAAAUGAAGUUGUGCCUUGCAUUUCAGAAUAGAGACACUCCAAUAACAUUAGAUUUAAAUUGAAUCAAGUUUUAAGGACAGCACAGACACUUGAUAUUCUAAAAUAAUCCUGCAAUGGAUCCUUUUGUUGUAAUGACAACAUUACUCAACUUCCAAAUAGAAACUGAGUUUAGAUUCUAAGAAACCAGGCUUUUCUUACAUUUAAGGUUAAACAGUAUCAACUGCCUUUUAUUAGGUCUGUCAUUGUGUCAACAGCUAUGCCUUUUAAAAUAUUGUACCGUGGUCAUAAAAACGUAACUGAAGUUGUUGGAAAAUAUAAUACUCAGUAGAUGAACUGUGACUAUCAUAGUUUCAAAACCACAAAAUGUUGUCUUUAUGUAGGAGUGUAUGCUUUCAUUUUAUGUUUUUAUCUUCCUCUAUGAAGAUUUUUACUCUAGGAGAAUUAAUUUCUUUUUAUUUCGAAUGCUUUCUUCAGAAAUUGGACUCAACAGCAUGCCUUUUAAAAAAAACCUCACUUUUAAUCUAUAAUUAAAGCCAAAGUUUUCUUUUAAUUUUAAAAGCUUGUCCUUGAACUAAAAUAACAUGGAACAUUUUAAAACAUGGCUCCAAGCUGCUGUAGAUACAUUUUAUUUAAACCACAGAGACUGCAGUUGGGUUUCUCAGUGCCAGACUAUAAAUUAUAACUAGCAGAAGUGACUGAAUCUCUGGAUGUUGCAGUACCAACAAAGCUGGUUGUUUUUUUGGAGCUGUUCCUCCCUUUGGGCUCUGCACAUGAAUGACUUAAUCCAUGUGUUAAGAUCAAAUGUCAUGCCCAUUGCCAUGCAUAGAAAAACCAAACAAAUCCUCUUUUGCCUUUGCACGAAUUUGAUGUGCUCGCCUGCAGAGGAGCAAGGCAGUAGGUAGGGAGAAUCACAAAAUAGAAGUUGUAAAGUGGAACUAGAACAAAGUGAAACUUCAAAAGCUUGGUGAAUGAUAAAAAUAUCCUUUAAAGCAGAAUGCCAUUGUUUAUUAUGGCAGGCAAAGGGGAUAAUAUCCACGAUUGAAUUAUAAAAAUAUUUUUACUAAGGUCAUUUUUGUACUUACUAUUCUGGUUUUAGGUUAGCAAAUCUAUGCCAGUUAGAUGUAAUAAUAUAUUGUGUUGCUCUAGGUACUGUAGGAAGUGUAUGAACAUCUGUUAUUUUAUUUGAUCUUCAUUAUAUAACUCUACUAGGUAAAAAUAAGGAUAAUUAUUCCAGAUUUCUCUCAUGGUCGGGAGCAGUGAUUCACUGAUGGGCUGCUGCUUAAUGGCAGAGACAGAAAGAGCUGAAUCUCUCAGUUCCUCUUCAGGCUUUUUCUACUUAAUUUUACAGUGUUCUCCAUCCUGGUUAAGUAUAGUCAGAAUAAAAAAAUAGUUCAUGGAGUAGAACACUCCAAAACAGUGGCUCUUUGCUUACUUGGAGCUCCUCCUCCUUUUGUCCAUAGACUGCUUUGAAAGUUGGGUAAAAAGCUUUGGCUCUGUCCCCAAAGACCCAUACACCCACCCCAUACUUGAGUGGCCCAGAUGGCAGCAGGGGCAUCGCUGAUCUUUUAGGUGUAAAUACGAUUCUCUUGGCCACAUUACUCAUGCUGUGGGAGGUCAGACCCUUCUGAAGAUUUCUGACUCUGCCCGAGGGUUGUCUUCAAAGCAUGUGGCACCGUGUACUUUCCAAAGUGCAUUCAGGUUAUGGGCUGUGCUGCCAUCCACACAUGUGGUCCCUUUUUGAUGUCACAUUGAUUCAUAUAUAAAAUGUACCCCUUUCCUCAAAUGCCACAGGUGCCCGCUACUCUCAGAAGAUGUGUACAUGUUAUAAGGGUGUAUGGAAAAUUUGGAGGCAGUCAUGGAGGGCCUUAUAUCACAGAAGCAAUAAUUUUCCCUGUUCUUGUAUGUCUUCUAGCCAUCCCCCACGGGACUCUUCCCUGCCUGCCCCACCUUGUGAGGUCCCCAGCCUCACAGUAUCUCAUUAGCUCCAGGCUUCCCCCUUUCACCCUUUCCUACUCACCCCCUGAUGCCCCAGUUGCCUCAAAAUCACCAAGCUCUUUUGUAAUGUAGUAUAAUCCAGCUCUCUCCAGUUUUGCUCACAAACUCUUGCAGGCCUCACUUUGAAUGUUCAAACCCACUCUCCAGGAUGCUAAGCAAACCUAAGGGGCCUUAUAGGUCAGAACUGUCAGUUUCUUUAUAAGGCACUGGUGAUGUUAAAUGGCAAUUUGUUUCUUCAGUUACACCUGAUUAUAAUUUUAGGGGUUUCAGGGAUCCCCUAAGAAUGAACCAUCAUCCCCACCGUAGGUUUGGAACCCACAGCUCUGAGGUUUCUGGUCUUCUUGGGGACUAGUGUGUUCAGAGCUUCCUUGGGGCCCUUUGGAGCAGAGUUGGUGGUUAGGCACACAGUAUUCUCGUGACCACUGUGGGCUGUGUCUAGGUCAGUACAGCUGGUGUGGACGUCAGCUCUGAACUCAGUAGCCCAUAGUAGUGGACUUGCCCUUUUGAUUCCCCUGGCCUGUCUAGAAACCGAGGGUGGUAUCGAAGUUUCUAGGGAAAAAAGAACAAAUCAGUUAAUCCAGAAAACCCACUCUGGUUCAUGCCUGUGUUCCUUAUAGAGAGAAUUAUACAUGUGUUAUUAGGAAAAGUGAAGAAUGUGAUACAGGAAUAAAAAAUGGCAUAAAAUGAUCUUAAAAAGUGGUUAGUGAUUUUAGGAAAGGAGUCUUUGAGAUAUUUUUUUCCAUUUGAUUUAAAUCCACAAGGUAAAAGUACCAGAACAUGAAACUCAUAAUGUAGCCCUAAGCUCAAUCUUUCAAUCCCUUGGCCCUUCUUUCUGCUUUCCAGCAUGACUAUUUUGUAUCUGACAGUUUAGUACCCUAAUUAUGUUACAUGUUCAUGUGAUAAAUUACUCUCUCCAGCAGUCAGUCAGUCAACGAAUAAUCAUGGAGAAUCCUUUCUGUUAUGUAUUGGAACUAAAACAUUGAACACAGCAAACAGCAUAUAACACAAGACAAGCAUUGAACAAAGAAGUGGGUCAAAUAUUACAAAGAAAUACAGGAUACUGUAUAAUAUAUAAUAGAGGGAUAUCAUCUAACUACAUUUUUAAGAUAUUUACCUUUUAAUGUGCCCUUACAGCCAUUCUUUAUAUGUGAGAGCAAAUAUGAAUAUAAAUUCUUAUUUUCCCCCAUUUUAUAUAAAAGGUAGACUGUUCAACUCAAUGACAUAGAACAACUCAAUUAAAAAAUGAGCAAAGGACUUGCAUAGACGUCUCUCCAAAAAAGACAUAUAAAUGGCCAGUGGGAUCUGAAAAUGCUCAAAAUUACUAAUCUUUAGAGAAAUGCAAAUCAAAACCACAAUGAGAUAGCACCUCAUACCCAUUGGGAUGGCUAUUAUUUAAAAAAAAAGUUAAGUGUUGGUGAGGAUGUGAAAAAAUUGGAACCCUUGUGCACUGCUGGUGGAAAUAUAAAAUAGUGUAACCACUACAAAAAACAUAUGGUGGUUCCUCAAAUAGAAUUACCAUAUGAUCCAGCAAUUCCACUUCUAGAUAUAUAUCCCAAAGAACUGAAAAUGGACUCAAACAGGUUUUUAUACACCCACCUUCAUAACACCCACAAUAGCCGAAAGGUGGAAGCAACACAGGUGUCUGUUCAGAUAAGUGGAUAAACAAAUGCGGUACAUACAUGUAAUGGAAUAAUAUUCAGGCUUAAAAAGGAAAGAAAUUCUGACAAGUGCUACAAAAUGGAUGAGCCAUGAAAAUAUUCUAAGUGAUAUAUAUAAACCAGUCACAAAAUUCCAUUUUUUCUAUGUGUAUAUAUUCAUAUUCUUUUUGCUAUAAAUCUCUUGUUGAUAUCUUGUUAAUUUGAAGCACUUUAUGGAGUAGAGAGAUUAGAUUGUGAUAUUUAUAACAAAUAUUUUGUCCUAGUUAUAUAUAUGCUUUGAUUUUCCUUCUGCUUUUUCCCCAUGUAGCCUUUUUUAAAAAUGUAAUUACACAUACUGAUCUGUAUGUCUUUCUCCUCCCUCCCUGGUUAGAAAUACUACAUUUUAAAAUGAAUCUAUUUCAUCUUUCUAUUCUCCUCUAUAUUUUUCUAUUUACUAAUGUUCCCAUCCCACACUAUUUCAAUUAUUGAGGCUUUAAAAUAUUUAUAUCUGACUGGGCUUAUUCUCCCUCAUUAAUCCUUCUUUUCUCAUGGUUUUUCUAGCUAUUGUUGCUUGUUUCUUUUUCCUUAUUUACUUUAGGAUCAACUUGUUUACUCAAAAAAAACUUUUAUUUUUAUUGGGAUCGGGUUACAUUUAUGAAAAAUUAUAGAAAAUUGACAUUUUUACGACAUAGGAUCAUCUUAUUCAAAAACUUUCAUGUGUUCUUUUGUGGCCAUUAUUAAUGUUUCAAAAUGUACUAAGUAGGUCUUGCACAUUUCUUGUCAAAUUCAUUCCCAGGUAUUUAAUCUUUUCUGUUGAAAGUAGGGUCCUUUCUUCCAUUACACUUUUCUAGCUGGUUACUGCAUUGUUUUUAUAUGAAAAUGCCAUUAAUUUCAGUAUGUUAAUAUUGUACUUUGCUGCUACUGUAAAUUUGCAUAUCAUUUUUAUAGGGUUUCAGUUGAAUUUCUUGUUUUCUUGUAAUACAAUUAUAUUAUUUGAAAAUAGUGAUAGUUUUACCUCCUUUCUGAAAUUUUUGCCAUGGGUUUCUUUCUCUGGCUUAUUGCACUGAAUUGUACCUCCAGUACAGUGUUAAAUAGUGACAAUAGUGCACAUUCUUGUUUCUGACACUUGUGGCAAUACGUGUAGUAAUAUUUUCCUGUUACGGAUGAAGCUGCCCUUUGGGUUUCAGUGCAUGCCUUCAGAUUAUGGUUUAGAGUUUGAAAAUCUGUGUUCAGAUUAUUUUCUUUAUCACUAACCAAGAAACAUUAGGGACAUCAUCUAACUUCUCUAAUUUAUUUCCCUGUCUAUAAAAUGAGUGAAAGAAAAAUACCUGCAUCACAGAGCUGUUCAUAAUGAUUGUGAAAGCACUUGAUAAGCUGUGCUAUAUAAAUAUCCUUCAUUAUUCCUGUUUCCUCCCGCACAGGAUGCUUCCCUAAAAAACUCUUUUAGGAAUGGUAAAACUGGAUUUCCCUUUGUGGCUCUGAGCCUUUUUGUAAUUCCAUUCACAACCCAGUUUCUACAUAUAUUCCAAGGUUGGAAAGAAAAAGUGCUUUUUGAAUGAUGAGCAAAUUCCUUUGCUGACAUUUAACCAAAAUGUAUUCCAACCUGAAGCUUUUUGGAAGGCUAAGAAAAUGUUGGUUGCCUUCUUGUAAAAAAGUGAAAUAAAAAAUAUUCAUGUGCCUCAGAAUUUCCUGACUCUGUGUGUGUGUGUGUGUGUGUGUG